AUGUCUGACUUCAAGUCCCACCCCAGCUACAACGCCCGCUACAAAAUAGGCGAGGGUUACAUCGGCUUUCGUUCCAACAAUUUCAAGGUCAACACCAUCUCCUUCCAGCCACGUGGCGUCGACAAGAACGAAGACCGUGUCGUCACGAAAUUGUGGCAAUUCAACGACCAGCGUUGGAUGUUCCUCGCUGUUUUUGAUGGUCACCUGGGCCCCACGGCCGCAGAUUUUACGUCGCAGACACUCCCUGAUGCUAUUUACGGAAGAUUGUGGGAGUUCGUCCAGAGCAUAGGCGGGCGCCUGGAUCGUAGCAACAUCGCCACACACCAAGCACAAAUGACCAAGUUGUUGAAAGACGAGAUCGAGGCAUUCGACAAGGCCAUCGGGGACGCGGUGCGCGAGAUAUGUCCUCGUCCUGAGGAUCUGACAGAAGAGCAAGCGCGCCGCCUCAUAGACAAGCACAAGGAUAUUCUGGAGCGGGCUUUUUAUGGGACGACCAUGGCGUUUGCGCUGAUCAACCCCGACGAACGGUUCAUGUGGGCCGCAGGCGUCGGUGACUCCAGCGUCGGGCUCUCUUACAUUGGCAGGGACGGAAGGCCAAAGGGCCAAAGGUUGUGCAGGAUGCACACGUUCAAGGACCGGCAGGAGUACUUCCACGCGACCAUGGUGCAUCCAGGUAGCGAGCAGCCGCUUUUUGACUGGGAAGAUCGCAUUCUCGGAUGGCAGACGGUCGCCCGUGCCAUCGGAAACUUUUCGAUGAAAUUCCCCGCCCCGUAUCUUGCAAACCUGUUCAGAUAUCUGCCGAGCAUGGAGAACUGGUACUUCGACGCAAUCAUCGCGAGGAUCAAGACGCCACCGUACAUCGUCUGUUCACCCUCGGUCCGUUUCACGGACCUCCAGCCAGUGUGGCGACGCGAUAGCAAGAUCUUCUUGUUCACCGAUGGAGUCGACAAUCUGGUUGACGGGUGGUUGGUGUUCAAGCCGCGCCAGCACAGCGGCGCCGACCCCAUCGACGUCGUCUCCGCGCUUCUCGCAGACUCGAUCGAGCCACGGAUUGCGGAGAUCCUGGGGCACCAAGUCAUUCCGCGCUGGAGCGGCCCGGAGAAUAACAGGGCGACAGAUGUGCUGGGCAACCUGCUCGGAGGUACGAAUAUCCAGAGGCUGGAGGCAGUUACCGAUUUGGAGCGCUUGAACGACGAGAAGGCGGACUGGCCAUUCCACAUCGACGACACGUCUAUUAUUGUUUGGCGCUUCACUGACCACUAA